AUGAGCUCGCGGCAACCGGAUGCUCCUGCGCUGGAGCAGGGCGGUGGGGCCCGCCCGGGCAAGAUGUCGCUGCCCGUCGGCAUGCCCCGCCGGGCUUUCAGCUACGACGAUGCCCUGGAGGACCCGGCGCCCAUGACGCCGCCGCCCGCAGACUUGUGCGCCAACGUUCUCUGGAAGCAGCCGGUCAUCCCUGAGCGCAAGUACCAGGAGCUCUCGAAGAUUGAGGAAGGGGAUGCUAACAUGAAUGCACCUGCCAUAACUCCUUCAUCGUCCACUGAGAGUGUGAACAGGGUACCUGUGGUGAAGGCCAAGGCCACUCAUAUCAUCAUGAACUCUCUCAUUACAAAGCAGACUCAGGAGAGCAUUCAGCGCUUUGAGCAGCAGGCAGGCCUGAGAGAUGCUGGCUACACUCCCCACAAAGGCCUCACUACUGAGGAGACCAACUAUCACCGUGUGGCUGAGGCAGUCCAUAAGCUAAAAAUGCAGAGUGGAGAGAUGACAAAAGAUGACAAACAGACUUCUUCUGCUCAGUCCACCCCAAGCAGCACGCCUCACUCUUCUCCCAAGCAUAAAAACAGGGGCUGGUUUAGACAGGGGUCUUCUGCUUCUAUCUCUGGCCCAGACUUCGCAAUGGAAAAAGUGGGGGACAACUUGCCGUCUGAAAGAUGGAGUUUUUUUGGACCCAAAUCAAUCCAGAAAUCCACCACUGAUCCAGGGGGAUUUACCAUCCAAUCCUAUAAGGGUGCCCAGAAGCCUUCCCCAAUGGAGCUGAUGCGUGCUCAGGCUACUAGGAUGUCAGAGGAUCCAGUCACCUUCAAGCCACCCAAAAUGGACAUUCCAGUCACAGAAGGGAGGAAACAAUCUCCACGUUCCCAUAAUAUCAAACCUCGGGAUCUGAACGUGCUCACUCCCACUGGGUUCUAGAAAGAAUGCUUCUGGUGUCUUUAGUGAGCUACAGGGUGUCUUAGGUGCUGUUUCCCUGUUGUGUUGUGCUGCAGUAAACUAGGAAAGUCUCCCUUCCAGCUCUUCAUCUCAGAAAAGGAAACAGUUGUGACUGUCCUUCUGAAGCCAGUCUUGGAAAAACUCCUGUGCUAGGGCCAAAGUAGUGCAAACCAUCUUGUCUGCUGUCUUGCCCCAGUUCAGUCUGCUAGGCUGCACUAGAUGUGCUUCCUGGCAGGCUGCACCACAGUAAAAACCUCGAACCGUAUUUUGUGGGGCAGGACUGCAUGUGGUGUGCAAGCAGGCUGGCUUGCCUACCUGUAUUCUGAUUGUCUUGUCCUGCUCAGUGCUGAAGUAAUCUCAGGAGGAUUGUGGUUCUGUCUGGCAUAUACAGAACACCAGCAGAAAGUUAUGAAAACAAGCAAGGACUGAAAACUGCAGCAGUAACUGCCAGAAGAAGUUGCUCUAGGAAUGUGUGAGUCAGCUUUACAUGUGGCACUGUCUGUUGGUGCCCUUAUAGUUCAACACCUGGUACUGCCUUGUUCUUGGAGCUUUAUUAAUGGAAUAGUGAUGAUUCUAAGAUGCUCUUGCUAGAAAGGCAGGGAACAGAAUCUAAUGACAUCUGGCAUUAGUGAGGAAGAAUUGCUGCUCUUAUAACUCCCUGUGUUCCUCCAAAAAGGUGGAAGUGACCAGAGCUGAUGUGGCUUGAACCAAGUAAUCCUCCUCUCUUUUCUGCAAAACAACACUGUUCUGCCUCCAGAUGCUGUGGCACUCUGGUGCCACU